AAUAAUUUGAUGUUUUCAGAGAGAAAAGAUAAAUGCCUAGAAUGAGUGGAUUAAAGAUAUAUUUUUGUGGUUCUAUGAGAGCAGGGAGACAAGAUGUUGACCUUUACGGUGUUCUUGUUCAGAAGCUGCAGCAGUUUGGAGAGGUUUUAACUCCAUUUGUUGCGGAUAAAUCUAUAACAAACCUUGGGAGUGAGCAUCCAGGAGGAGAGAAGGGAAUUCAUGACAGAGAUGUUGAACUCCUGGAGGCCUGUGAUGUUGUGGUUGCUGAAGUUACUCAACCUAGUCUUGGAGUUGGAUACGAACUCGGUAGAGCUGUGGCGAUGAAUAAACCUAUUCUCUGUCUGUACCGUCCACAGGAGGGUAAACUGCUCAGUGGAAUGAUUAGAGGUAUGGAUAAUGGAGCUGAUCUGCGUGCUGUGGAUUAUAAACCUGAAGAAGUGGAUCCAAUCUUUCAAUCCUUCCUUUCGCAACCUUGCGUCAAGAAAGCCUAGAGACGUUCUUGAUUCCCUCUUUAAAAAAGGGGUUUAUGGGAGGGUUGAGCUGUCUUUGUAAGGUUAAGUUAUCCUCAAUUAGAAGAUGGCCAUGUCCGAUUAACGACGGUACCAGUCAAAUCUUUAUUUUUUCAAGAAUUGUGCUGAUCCUCUCCACUGUUUCUGUUGUAGCUAGAAAUCCGCAAGUCAUAAUUGAAAAUAACCAAUUUUAAAAGAGGAACUAUGUAACUAUAUAAGGAGACCUCUGUGAAUCUGACUUGCUACUCUAUAAAUAUAGAGUCCAUUGAAAUCAUGCCUACUUUCCUUUUAAGUUACUUAAGUACUAUGUUGCCUUACAAUUACCCUUCGGAUCGAACAAUUAAAACACCUGGAUCAAUUGUAAAAUGUCGAUGUUGAAUUAUUAUUAACGUUUAUAAACUAAAACUACUGAAAGCUGUGAAAAGAUCUAAUUCUCAUUAAACUGUUUUUAUUACUUAAUUUGAAUUUGACUGUAAUUAAAAUUAAUUAUGUGCCAAACAUAUUGUAUUAAACAGAAUACAAGACCUUUAUCCUUACUAGUUCUCAAUUAUGUAACAUAUUUAAACUACAUGUAUCUUAAGUUAAUAAACAUUUGAAAUCAA